AUGACGAGCACAGCUCCAUCCAAGAAGCCUUACCGCAAGGCACCGCCACAGCACCGCGAGAUCCGCCAUGAUCUGCCCAUCCUUCGAGACGACCAAGACGGCGUGAUUUUGGCCGAGCAGAGUCAGGAGCCCUUGACGGAUGCAGAAAGGAUGAAGCUGCUGCAGCAUGAGAACGAGGAGCUGCGCCGGCGGCUGGCCUAUGUCACUAACAAGAUGGAGGCGAUGGAAAGGGAGCUGGAGUCCGGCCAGGACUACUUGGAGCUGGAACUGGGCCAGAACCGCGAAGAGCUGGAGAAAUUCAAGGACAAAUUCCGCAGGUUACAGAACAGCUACACUGCUUCACAGAGAACCAAUCAGGACCUGGAGGAGAAGCUGCAUACCCUGGCCUCUCUCAGCCAAAGCUGGAUUUUUGCAAUAAAAAAGGCUGAGAUGGACCGGAAGACCCUGGACUGGGAGAUUGUGGAGCUCACUAACAAGCUGCUAGAUGCCAAAACUACCAUCAAUAAACUUGAGGAGCUCAAUGAGCGCUAUCGGCAGGACUGUAACCUCGCAGUGCAGCUGCUCAAGUGCAACAAGUCCCACUUCAGGAACCACAAGUUUGCUGAUCUUCCCUACGAGCUGCAGGACAUGGUCAAUAAGCACCUGCACAGCACCCAAGAGUCCCCAGGCCCUGGGCAGGAGGCUGCACAUACCCUGGCCCCAUCUGACGUUGUGCCCACCUCAGUUAUUGCCAGAGUCCUGGAGAAGCCAGAGUCACUGGUCCUGAACUCUGCCAAGUCCAGCAGCGGCAGCUGUCCCAUGGCUGAGGAUGUCUUUGUGCACGUGGACAUGAGUGGAGCUCUGCUGGACGCCUGCCCCAGCCCAGGGCUGCCUGGGAAGGAGAGAGGGGAAGUGGGGAAGCAGCAGAACGGGGGCUGCAAGCCACAGAGCAGUGUGGAGAGCCUGUCAGAAGAGGUGCCUGCCUUCGAGAAGCUGAGCCCUUACCCCACUCCCUCUCCUCCCCACCCCAUGUACCCAGGGCGUAAGGUGAUUGAGUUCUCUGAGGACAAGGUGAGGAUCCCAAAGAACAGCCCACUGCCCAACUGCACCUAUGCCACGCGGCAGGCCAUCUCCCUGAGCCUGGUGCAGGGCGAGGACGAGAGCAGUGACCGGCACCGGACGCUCCCUAACAGCCCUGUCUCAGAGGGCCGCCACUCAGCCUCCAGCUGCUCCUACCAGCCAUCUCCCAAGGCGGCUCGGGCACACGGCUCCUCGCAGAGCAGCCCUUUCAGCAGCCCACCCCAGAUCCCCAGCGCCUUCGCCAGCUCGGCCAGCUCGGAGGAGGACCUCCUGGCCAACUGGCAGCGGAUGUUUGUGGACAAGGCGCCCCCCACUUCAGAGCAGGUGCUGGUGAGCCGCACCUCCUUCAGCCGUGACAUGGCCCCGGAGCUCCAGAAGCGAUUCAGCCGCUCCAUGCAGGAGCUGGGCAGGGCGGCCUCGGCCUACUCGGACGGCGAGGAGUCUGCGCAGAGCUGCAGCUGGACCGUGAGCCGGGACUCGAGUGUGGACACAGACAGCACUGAGUCCCGAGCCCGCAGGAGCCAUUUCUCCUCCGACUACGGCAUGGACUUUUCCCAGGAUGAAGCCCGGAAGCUGCUCCAGGGCAGUGGCGGGGGCACCGCUGAGCCCAGCAGUCCCCCGCCAGAGAAGCACAAGGACUAUGUGGACCUGGGCUCACCUGGGAGCCCGGCUGAGGAAAGGGAAAUGCUGCUGCAAGCAAGCAAGGAGAGCAGCCCAGGGGGAGCCCUGGAGGAGAGCGGGGAAUGCAGGAGCAAGCCUCCCUCAGGGCGGCCACACCGCAGCCCCAAGAGGAUGGGUGUCCACCAUCUCCAUCGCAAGGACAGCCUGACACAGGCCCAGGAGCAAGGCAACCUGCUCAACUGA